CUAACUAGUGAAAGACUCAUGGAAACACCGACACACAAUGCUAGGCGUUGCCGUAUUUAUUUUCAAACUUCCUUUUCCUUAUAGGCUAUACUCCUUCCAAGGAAGGAGUUAAGGUUACACUUGCCUCUGCAUGUUGUGUCUCUGAGCAAAAUCUCGAAGAAAAACUGAAUAGGCGUUCUUCUAACAAAAAUGUCCCUUCAGCUCUUGACGUUGAUCCUCAUCGUUGUGUUCUUCACCACAGAAGCUGCUUCGGGUGAAGAGGUGAAGAAAGCAGUGGGUGAUCAAGUUUCUUUUAAACUAGACAACAUUGGUUCUCCUGUCACCAGCAUCACAUGGAAACACGUAACACCCGGAUCAACUGUUAAAGCGAUUGAAUGGGAAGACGGAGAAGGAAUUACAAUCCCGAAUCCGAGAUUCAAAGACAUCACAACUCUUAAUAUAGUGACUGGACAAAUCAAUAUUACUAAUCUAAGAUUUGAACAUUCUGGAGAUUAUACCAUUGACGUCAGCGGUAAAGAGCAGACACAAAAAAGAUUCACCUUGACUGUUAUGAAUCGGGUCCCCAAACCUGUUAUAGAAAUGGAGGAGGUAAAUGCUGAAGUUGUGUAUUUAUCCUGCAAGAAUUACGAUGGAACUAUUACCUGGAGUAAUUCUGCUGGAGAAGAUCUGGCAUACCAAUCAAAUAAAGAGUCCAUUACAGUACAGAAAAAUCAAGGAAAUCCAGAAAAUUCCUACACCUGCAAACUCAAGAACGCAGUGAGUGAAGAGACCAGCGAUCCGGUCCAUAAGAAAAAUCUGUUUCAAGCUGAAUCAACGGGCGGACCUUGGUGGAUAGCAGUUAUUGUCAUCCCAAUCAUCCUAGUCAUCGGCAGUGUCCCCCUCUAUAAAUUCAACGACAAAUUUAAAAACUUUGUUGGGAGCAUAUUUCCAUGUCUCAAAGCAGAUCAAGGUAGAAACAAGGGAGAAAGCACAGAAAACACUGUCGAUGAGCAUCUGAAACUAAACAGUACGGAAGGAAAAGAACCGCCAAAUGAAAUGGCAUAAACCAAAUAAUGAUGAAAUUAACAUCUCUUCUUCGGUGAAAAUGUCUGCAGAGUUUGCUGGAGAAAACAUAACAAAUCCACAGAAAUUUUUAUCAAAGCAGUAAGCUUUGUAUGAUAGAAAAUUGUUUGUUUAAAAUGACUAGUUUUGAACUUUUAAUGCAUUCAUAAAUCAACCCUCUGCUACAUUGUAUUCACACUGCAGGGAUUUUUUUCUUAUCAUUUUCCCAAAUCAGACUUUUAGACUGGAUUGUCCACAAUGUUAUUAUAUAUCAGUUGGGUCUGUGUUUCGUGUCAUUUUUAGCAUUUGUAUGUUAAUCUGCGUUUGAGGAAAUAGACAUCUGACACUUCCUUGAUAUUGAAGUGACUCCCAGAAGCAAGCAUGCAGUGUGGUGCAAGCAAUAGACCAAUUUCGAGACGACGUCACAGUUAAUUCACGGCGCUAGCUGGAGGCAAAGGGAAAACUGGAGGCGGCUAAUACAAACCAGCACAGAUUCGGCUCCGUAAUAAAGAGCUUAAAUUAUUAUCAUUAUUAUUAAAUAUAAUCUCGUUGUGUUGUUGGGUGCAAGAAUCAGUGAAAAAUGAAUAUGCUGUAUCCGGAAGUUUUAUUUCUAGAAAACAUUCACCGUAAUGUCACUCUUUACAUUAUCAUCUUCUUUGCGCUGGCUAGGCAGAACUGCGGAUCGUACACAAGUCUUGUACAUGACCAUUCAGCAUAUUGCAAUAUACAAAUGCCCUCAGUUUCUCUUUACGCUCUUUUUCUCUCUCAGGCAACGUUAGGUUUAGAAGUCAACCAGAGGUAGCGUCAGCAUUAGUCCUCCAUCGACAGCGUGUACGGGUCAGCCAAUCUGGUUCCAUUCGUUAAAAUGAACUUUUGCAAAUAACAAUCACAGUCCUGGACACUGAGUGACCUUGCACAUCAAGGUAAAAUUGGAUUUUCUU